AUUAUGCGCCUUACCCAUGAAUGUACUUAGGUACUUAUAUAUCGUGGUUCUAAGAUUAUGUAAUAGUACCUAUCUACUCGCAGUGAUGGUCACGUUCUACCUAUUUAUCAGUAUGGCCAUGACUUCUUUUAUAUCCCGAACAAUGUGUAAAAUGUCACACUUUUUCGGGAACUUAGUGUUAUUUCUGCUGGUAAAUUGUGUAUAUGUGGAAGGAGGAAGACCACGGAACAAAUUCGUCUACGAAAAGGAAAUAUCUGAGCAUUGUAUGCGGCGAGUGAUGCCGUCAGUGUUCCUGGGAAGGCAUGUGGUGGAUGCAUACGCUCAAGUACUUUACUUUUCGAAGGCGGAUUUGCCAUAUAGUUGCUACAUAAGCGUAAGAGCUGAAUCUGGAAGCAAUAUAAUUCUGGUUGUACAAUUGAUAUCCGCCGACGAUCUCAUAGCCGCCUGUGAGGAAAAUGGGGACCAGCUGCUGGUCUACGAGCUGGGGGAGACAUUCGGGGGCUAUUGGGGGCCCAUGCCCCAGAGCUUCAUCCAUCCUGACAGCAACAUGUCGGAGCACUCAACUCGAGCAGAUUCUUACACAAUAAAGCCUACUGAGCCGACCAGGGAGCCUAUUAAUAUAGAAACAAGCAGUAGUAUGAGAAUAACGUAUCCAGAACAUGUCGAUGUUGAACAUAACGAUAAGGAAAAUAAUAUUGUAGACGAUUCAAGUUAUGUAACAAUUAUGGUCCCGUUGGCAAACGUUUCUGGAAGGUUUAGGCCUGGAAUAGAAGAUAAAGAAAGCGCAUUUGAAGAUGAAAAUUUUGAUGUAAUAUACGACGUGCUUCCUAGACUAAGGGAGCCAUAUAGGACUACUAUAAUGCCAUUGGUCCAGUUUUCUGUAGACCUGGAACCUGGUGGGCAGCGGUGGGGCUAUGAAGAUUUGAUGUCUGGAUAUUCAUUAGGCCUAAACUGGAACACUUUCACCCCCGAUCACAGACUUAAACAUCAAAAGUACAAUGCAAGUGUAAACAGAAGGCUGACAUUCAAACCUAACAUAAUGAGAAGGCCAAUAUCACACAAACAUUCAACUCUGUUCUCAGCAAUUCACGGUGAUUCUGUAAAUUCCAAAAAGAUGGAACCAAUAAAACACUCAAAAUACGUUCCAAUUACUACCUCUAAGCCAAAGUCAGAGCCCACUGAUACAAUAUUAAAUGAAGAUAUCGAACCUUGGAAAUACAUUGAGGAAUUGAUAUCUGCAUAUAACAAAAGUGGUCAACUCACUACAAUAAGUGAAGAUGAACUGAGACAAGAGGUUUCAGAACUAAUUAAAAAACUAAGUGAUUUAGAAUACAAUCAAAGUGCAUAUCUCAGCCCUCAACUAGCCACAAACAAAUCAUUCUCGUUAACAAGAAAACCAAUUUUAAUAAAUAGAGAUAGCCCAAAUAUCAAUGACCACUAUAAUAGUCCAGAAAAAACUAUCAAUAGUACAACUAUAUUACCUGUGACAAAAUCUACAAAUACGGCUAAGAGUUUAGAAGAGUUACAAGAAAUUAUGCACACUGUUACAAGUACUACAAUAGAAAUGACCAAAAGUACUGAAUCUUACGAAAUGAUGUCAAAUAAUUUCACAACUACUAAGAACAGUGAAAAAAUAUCUGAUUUGAAUGUCACCGAAGACAAAAUAUCGAAUUUGAAUACGAUAGCUACGGAGAAACUAUCAAUUGUAGAACCAAUUGUGACACCUAAAUUAAGAGCUACUGCCAUAGGUUCUUUACUUGACCAUGAAUCAUGGGAAAACUUGCUGAGGGUGGCACCGGCGAUGGCGGGCCGCCUGGAAGAGACGAUGCCUCAGAAUAUAUUGGAAGAAUUGGAAAAAUCGACAGACUCGGGGAAUGACUCUAAUAUAGAAAAUCUUAUUACAACUGAGACGCUUUUUAACAGUACCAAUGCUUCGCAAGUUACAAAAACACGUGACAAGCGUUUCAUUCAAGGGAUCAUGAUUGAGGAAGCAAAGCCGCACCGGUUGACGACAAUAGAAGAGGUGGCAACCACUACAUCUGCCUCGAUCCACAUCUCCGAUAUUCAACAUUUUGCCCAGCUUGUGGAGCUCAUUGAUGACGAUAUCCAUGAUCGAGCAGCUCUGCGAUACCUGAGCCAGUACGUAGGUCAGCCUAUGUUCAACUUGUGCAGCUACGAGCAGCCAAAACCUCGCUUCGUGCAGCUGUUCAAGUCUUCCAGAUUAGUUGUUGCUAUUGGCAAUUUUACAUUACGUAGUAUGCAACUAGUGAUGACGCCGGCUAAGCUGCUCUUCACUAGCAAGUCACGAUGUGGGCAGUCACAUCUCGAGUGCCAGGUGGCUGGCAACAGGGUGUGCAUCGACGCUAUGAGUGCCUGUGAUGGUGUCGCCAAUUGUGGGACUCCAGAUAUUUACGACGAAGACCGUCUGAUGUGCGGCGCAUACUUGGGUCUGAGGCACAACGUAUGCUUGGCGGCGAUCACUUUUAUAGCGGUUCUGCUCACCCUCAUCUACAUGGUGCACUACUGGCUGGGCCGCUGCGUGCCUAAAGUCUCUGAGGCUUUCUUCAUUUACACAGAGGGAGAUGAAAAUGUAUUAUACUUAGAUUCUGUCAUGCGAUCCCCUCAUGAUGAUUCGAUACCCGGCAGCAAGUCUUUGGACGCAUUUGAAACUGACGCGAUAUUUACGAUGGGUUCGGGUAAAGAGCCUAAAGGGCAUUCUUGGCUAUAUAAAUUAUUUCCGUGUUGCUGCAAGAAAAAAGAUAAAAAUAUGACAAUAGUUUCGCAAGAUUCAGAUGAAAUACCCGGGUCAAUAUCAAAUACAAUGUUCACUUUCCCAGAGUUAGAGAUUCGUAGAAUGAUUAAUCUAGACUAUAAAAAUACUUCUGUGCAAACGGGAGAAAGUUUGGAAAUGAGUUAUUUGCGAGCAAUAAGAAGAACUACAAAAGAAGCGGGCGAAGGUUUUUCUAUGUCGCCAGAUCUACAGCAGCCAAGAAAUUGGACCUCACCUAUUUCUAGUGACGAGCAACAAAGACUGAGAGAUGAACUAAGUCUUUUGAAAGUAUUGAAUAAGAACAGGGAUGACUCUUUGUCAACUCGUACUAAUUAUGACUUUGUGAAACAAGAUGUAACAUUUUCAGAUUUGUCAGUCAAUAAUGAACAUUACGAAUAUCCUGAUGAAAGAGAGAUAAAAAGUCAAUUCUAUGAUCCUAGGUGGAUGCAGGAUCGAAGACUCAGUGAAGGCCUAACAAGAGUUACAAAGUACGAAGUCGAAUCUGAGAAGCCCAAAACAACGCCAUCCAAGCGUUUAAGGUUUAGUGAGGAAGUUGUAAAUAUUCCAAGAAUUGACGAAGUUAUAGACGAAGAAUCUGCCACUAAGUGUGACGAAACCAAUCAAGAAGAACAAAUCCCGAGUACCAGUAGAGAUUUCAAGCGUUUCUGGGGAGGUUCCAAAAAUAAAAAAACGAAAAAGAAGACGCAAACGCUAUCGCGUUGAAAUUAUAUUCCAGCAGUAUUUUUUAACAAAUUUGUACUUAAAUCAAUGGUGAGAGUUGAUAUUUUACACAAAAUAUAGGAUUAGAAGGUCAAAGACAGGAGAUAGUCACGACAUGACAAAAUAAUUAGGAAAUGGAUUUUAGCAGUGUAAAUAGAUUGCUAAUUUAAAAAGUACUUAUUAGUUAAAAGUCAUAAAAUAUUAGACUACGGUAUAAUUUUAGAUUAAUAUAUUUCAGUCUGAUGUUAAAAGUGAGCGCACACAUGUUGAAGAUGACGCCCGCGUGACCCGCACAGUUUCCUAAUUAAGUCCAAUUGUGCACCGGAUAGCACACGUGCCAAAAUGUGCCAAGUCUUUUAGUAGGAUUCCGUCAUUGUGGAAAUUCCUUUACAUAGAAGAACGUUUUAAUUUUAUCACCAUUUUAAUUCAAAGGUACUACGAAUAUUUAUACUACUUAUACGAAUUACCUAGACUAUUGUAUAAUUUAUGUACUCUUUUUAUUAAUUCUAAUUAACUUACUUAUAGAUAAUAAACUAUUAUA